AUGACUAUUGAAUCAGAACCAACUCAAUCACUUGAUAGUAGCGUCAACAACAAUAUCCCGAACUCAUUGUCUAGGGGUCAACCGGUUACAUACAUUAACCCAGAACUAACAGAGUUGGAAAAUGCAAAACCUGGUCGUAAAGUAAGCUUACCUUUUGGAUAUGGACCAGUAUCGGAACAAGAAUCAAAUAAAACCAUUUUUUAUUUUGACAUUGAUAAUUGUUUAUAUCAAAAAUCAACAAGGAUAUUCGAAAUGAUGCAAGUAAAGAUUCAUGAUUAUUUUAAAAAUAGUUUGAAAUUGAAUGAUGAAGAAGCUUCUAAAUUACACUUGAAUUAUUAUAAAACCUACGGAUUGGCUAUUGAGGGAUUAGUGAGAAACCACAAAGUAGAUGCUUUAGAAUAUAAUUCAAAAGUAGAUGAUGCCUUAGAUUUACAUGCUGUUUUACGUUAUGAUAAACCUUUAAGAGAUACUUUGUUGACUAUAAAAAAUUCUGGAAAAUUUGAUUACUUGUGGUUAGUUACAAAUGCAUAUAAGAAUCAUGCUUUGAGAGUUAUUAGCUUUUUAGGUAUUGGUGAUUUAUUUUAUGGUUUAACUUAUUGUGAUUAUUCUAAGUUUCCAAUAAUUUGUAAACCAAUGAAACAAUAUUUUUUAAAUGUAUUUGAUAAGACUAGAUUAGAUUAUCAUGAUGAAAGAGUUUUACAAAAGCAAUGGUUUAUCGAUGAUAGUGAAUUGAAUGUUAAAGCUGCUUUUGAUCUAGGUGUGGGUCACGUUGUUCACUACGUGGAGGAAUCUAAAGAUUUGGAAAAGUUAAAAUCAAAAGAUGAUUUUAAGAGAUACUAUAAAGGUGAAAAUCGAAAGAUAUUGAUUUUACUGAAUUUCGCUGAAUUACCGAAACUUAUAGGUAUUGAUUCAAAUAAUGAGUUAUGA